AUGGCCUCAAUGGUAACUGGCUUAUAUCGCUUGCUCAAGGGGCGUUUCACUCCGCCUGUCGACCCAACGGCAUCGCUUGAGAACAAAACCGUGCUCGUGACGGGCGGCAACUGCGGCCUCGGCCUUGAAGCAGUUAUUAAAUACGUCAAUCUCGGGGCAUCUACGGUAAUACUAGGCUGUCGCAGUAUCGAACGAGGAAACCAAGCGAAGUCAACCAUCGAGAUUCUCAGCGGCCGACAAGACAUCGUGCAAGUAUGGCAGUUGGACCUGAAUAGCUAUGAUAGCGUGAUUGCCUUCUCAGAACGGGUGAACAAGGAGCUUUCACAGUUGGAUAUCGUUCUGUUGAACGCAGGAGCUUUGAAUCGGGAAUAUCUUCUCUCUCCAGAGGGAUGGGAGCAGACCAUCCAAGUCAACGCCCUAUCAACCAUCCUCCUAGCGCUCUUGCUUCUUCCAAAACUACGAGAUAGUUGUACAGAAGAAGGACAGGCACAUCUCACCUUUACUUCUAGCGGAACACACAAGUUCGUUAAACGCAGCGAACUUGUUAGCCCUGAUAAUAAGCCCAUCCUCCAACAUAUCAACAGAGAAGCAAAGUAUCACAGUUUAUCCCAAUACAGAACCUCCAAGAUUUUGCUCGAAUUUGCCGUUAAACGCAUCGCGUUGAUAACCCUUGAGGAAAGCGGGAAGCCCAGUGUCAUCGUGAAUUCUGCGUGUCCGGGACUUUGUACUACAAAUCUGGAGAGGGACUACAAAACAAAUUUUGUAGAGCGUUUUUUCGGUGCCAUUUUCUAUUUCAUCGUUGGCAGGACAGCAGAGCAAGGUAGCCGGUCUUUAGUCAGCGCAACCUUGCUUGGAGAGGAUUCGCACGGAAAAUACUGGACGCACGAUGCCUUUCCCGACCUGUCGCAAUUUCUGGUGGCUACGGAGGAAGGCAAAAGGCUUCAAGAAAAGGCCUGGGAAGAAAUCGUCGAGGAGUUGAAAAUCCGAUCUCCGCUCAUAGAGGAGCUUGUUCGUGUGUUUUGA